AUGACUUCUCAUAGAAUUGAAGAUGCACACAUAGAAGAACUUAAUAAAUUGCUGCUGAAUUCUGGUGUUACAUGCAUACGAUCUACAUUGGAGUCUGAAGAGUCGUCGGUGUCGACUGAAGAGACUGAGAAGAAUGUGCAAAUCAAAGAAGAAGAGGAAGAAGCAGUAGAAGUUGUGAUAGAAGAAGAAACAACACCUAUUCCAGAGGAAAUUGAAGAAGAAAUGCCAGAAAUAUUUCCAACGCCAUCGUUAAGAAAAGUCUUGCCCGAAAAAAUUAGGAACAUCGAAAGGCAGAACCAAAUACACGUACUACCUGAAGAGUUUAAAACGGAUAUAGACCCACAAAGAAUUCCAAAAAUUGCAUCCACACCCGCGCAGAAAUACAUCGACGAAUUAGCCGAAUUAACAGGCUGCAGUUGUUACAAAAAUAGUUUGUCAGAAUUCUGGUUUUUGGAUACGUUGGCCAAUCUCUUGAGGAGAGCACAAGAAGACCAGAUGGACAAACCAACACAGGCUAUUUUAAUUCUAUGGUUUUGCGAAUGGAUGAAAGAGAUGCAGCAUUUUGACGCAGCUGAUCGACAACGGAUGUUGAGAAGGUUUAAGGAUAACAUGCUCUCAGCGGCUCGAUACGUGGCUAAAGAGAACAAACUGCCCACACCCGUGGACAUCGGAGUUACGUACAAAAGUGAGGACGGGGGCGAUGUCAGUCGUCCACCACCGCUGCCAGUGGAGUCCAAACAUCUUGUGACCUUCGAGGGGACAGGCUUCGAGUGUUCGCUCCAUGAUCUCACCAAGAUGAUUCAUUAUAUUUAUGAUUUGUUCAGCACAGAUUAUCAGUACGACUUGAUACGUUCGGUGUUCACGUUCACACCGGAGUACCAGCUCAUCGACACGCCCCAUCAGAUACGAAACCCAAAGCGUCUUUACACACCACUAAAAGUGAAACCGAAAGAUGUGUCCAAGAAGGAGCAGAAAACUUCUAGAGGAAAGAAUAAGGAAGUCGAUACGAAAGAAUAUUUACAUUUACUUCAGCUACAAAGCGACAUUGAGCGUGAGAAAGAAGAACAGGAAGAGAAGGAAAGAGAAGAAUGGAACAGACGUAAUCACGUGCUUCCCUUAGCCUUUGCUGUUAAUGAGGAAUUUUUCGACAAAUACUGGCCGCCUCCAACAUCGGAAACUGUUCCCGAGUCUGAACCCGAGGCGAGAGGCAAAGGAAAAAAAAAAUAA